AGCAGUCAAGUCCCUUGCACCUUCCCAAUGCAAAUGGCAUCUCUGGAUAUCUUUGACAAUGCUACAUUAUCUUCCUUUCCAAACACAUCAUUCUUUGCAUCCAGACAAACCAUCGUUAUCAAAACAUAUUAAUAUCGCUCAUUCGAAGACAUCAAAAUAUCUCCACAAGGGUCACUUGCAACAUGGCCGACGACAGAGUACCACCAGAACGCCCCCAAACUCCUGCCCCGGAUCACCCAAGACGACGCGUUGUUCCUCGGAACAUUAGUCCAACACCUCGAAGCAUGCGACGGACUCGUGCCGGGAGAAAUCCAUAUCGCCUCCAAACCGCAAGUCCAGAAAACGAAAGCAAUGAAUCGGACGUCGAGGAGUAUUCGCCACCAGAAUCUAAGAGUCAGGAAGAGAGAACCCACCGAUCAAUGGUGCAAAUUUCGCACUCGUUUUUCGGUAGACGAUACAGCGAUGGAUCAACAGGCGAAGCAUUCAGACACAUUGCGCCCAGUGAAAGAGUGAGCCGCAGACACAAGCACCUGGUACCCAGAUCAGCAGGAGGUUCAGAGGAUCAGAGACUGUACAACCUUAUUCCGAUUCCCGGUGUAAAUGGACCGGAUUCGGAUCACCUGCUAUACGAGCUCAAGUUUAGGGCGGAGAACGAUGCAGAGCUAACUACACAGCAAAAAGUAUUGAAAUUCGAGCAAGAGUUUCCAGGACUGUAUGCUGCAGUUGAGAAUAUUGCAAUCCAGGGUACGCAAGUAUUUGUGAAGGUUGCUGCUAAAGAUGCUGUUCCGAUUAUCAUAUUUAACUCAAUGGGGUCAGUUCGCAAAGUAAUAUGGGACUUGAUCUGACCUGAUGCACUGACAUCGUUGUAGGAAGAGAGUGACUUUACUCACACGUUCGAAGCUGAGGUAUUUGGAAGCCCACUAGCCGCAGCUAUGAACUAACAAGAAAUAGAUACGUUGGGAGGCUCUUCCGAGCUUUGCACGACAACUCUGUUCUACUUUACGAUUGCACAUCCUUUGGUACGGAGGGAAGGGAGAACAGUCCAACAGAGCAUAUUGCAUCUGACGAUAAUGUUCACGAAUCCAUUGUAAUCCGAGUGGGCGACAUAGAAGAAGUAACGCCUGAAGAGGAAUCGACAGAAGA